CGAAAUCGGAGCAACGCAAUUUGUGCUGCUGAAGUCGGCGGACGAAACUGUCCUGCAGGUAUCGCGUGGAUGGCGACCGUGGCAACGGCGACGGCCACGGAGGCUUCGGAGGCGGCCUCGGCGACAGUCUCGGCGACAGGCGAAGGUUUGGUGGACAUCUCAGUGUCGCUGGUCUCAGGAAAGUCUGUGGUUUUGCACAUGCCGUGGGACUCCAAGGCCAGUGCCGUGAAACAGGAUGCAGCUGAGAAGCUGGGCUUCGGGGGUGAAGACGUCGAGCUGGUUCUGGGCGGACACCCCGUGCGGGAUGAUCUGAGCGCAUUGGAGCUCAGCAAGGCCUUAGUGAAGCUGGUGGUUUUGUCCAGUGGUCAAAUUGCCUUUGCCAACAAGUUCAGAAUCGCUGUCGUCAGCGGCAGUACGUUGAAAGAAUGCCUGGCGUUGGAUCUGGGCCAGACGCAGCGCAGGUCUCCAUAUGUGGUCAGUUGGAAUCCCGUGAACAUCACCAUGUUGGCUGUGCGGGCGAAGAAUCUGGCGUGGAUUUAUGAUAUCUCCACCGGUCAAGAGCCCUGGAGCCGAAAAUUUCAACAAGUUGCAGGCGUCGAGACGUCGGACUUUCAGUGGACAGCGGAUGGACGAAAGUUGAUCUUUGCGAGUUCUAGAGAAGUGAUCAUUUGCGACAUUGCUUCUGGCACCGAAGAGAUUCUAACGCAAGAGUCCGAUGUCUUUGGUCUCUCGCUGCACCCUGAUAACGUGCUUUUGGCCAUUGCCAGAAUUGAUGGCAUCUCUUUGUUUGACCUGGUUCAAGGACAAGAGAAGGACAAUUGGCAUGUCGAACAACCUGCAGCGCAUCUCAAGUGGGAUCCCAGUGGAGGUUUCCUGGCCUCGGCAGAGAUCAACGCAUCUCUGCGGAUUUUAUCUCUGGAAGGGGAGUUGAAAUGGAAGCUACGUCAAAGUGAUGCAGCACAUCAGAUGGGAAUGCAAGACUCCCUUACUGGCCUUGCCUGGAGCCCGUGCGAGCCGUUACUCGCCUUCUCUUCCAGCAUGGGCUCCUCAUUUCAAGUCUUCAAUGCUGCAACAGGUAAAGUCGCCUGGAAGUCCGCGGCUUUGGGGCCCUUUGCGGACUUUGCCUGGAACUACAAUGGUUUGAAGUUGGCCGCCGCAAGUCCUCGGGGUGCAAUCCAUGUCUUCAGCGUGCAAGGUGACCUGUUGAAGUCUCUUGAGUUGACGGGUCCAGUGACCUCAUUGACUUGGUCCUCUGCCUGAGACACGUUUGGAGACGCGUCUCAGGCGCUCCAAAGGCGCUUGGCACCAGCUUUAUGCUGAACGAGAUCGCCACUGAGAUGAAUUUUUUGGGGCCCUUGAAAUGUCAACUGCUUGGACGUUGGAUUCGCCGUUAAAAAUUCCUGCCAUGAGUCCUGGAAGAUUCCACAUAGAGGGUCCUUUUGUUGAUUUUUGUUGGCAUUUGCCCC